UCCCUCAACUGCCUGGAAAUCCUUUUGCUGGGUGCUUAUAAUCUGCAAAUCCUCGACCAUGAGGGCAAGCCGACGACGACGACGUACCACAUCCCGAGCAUUAGCAAGCCUUCGAUAUACCACGAGCCCAUAUCGCUGCCACAACCCCAGCUGACCGAAAACAUGCUGUCCAAACUGGAGCAUGGAGACAGCAAAGUGGUGCAAGGCCCAUACCCUGCUGUCGAUGUGAUGAGUGCGAGCAACAGGCUGCAGGUGGCCAUUGUCCUAAUGCGCGUCUACAACCAGUCCAUAAGCUCCAUGCCUCAGGCAUCCAGAGCCUCAUUCUGCAAGAUGUGCUCAAGGGUGGUGAACCAAGGAACACUAGAAACUGUUCGGCGGAUGUCCUUUGACAGCAGCUUGCCAUCCAACUUUGCACCGCGUGUCAACUUGAAUCCGCAGAUCCUCCUGGAAAUGCUGCAAGCUAUAUACUACUCCAUGUUCAAUGGUCUGUUUGCCCUUGCGCAUCAAGCCCUGAACGACAUUCAUCGGCGAGCCAUGCAGCAAAUGUACUGCGAUGUCUUAGUGGUGACAAGCGCUGUCAAGAACUCGCUAAUGGCUAGUCAGUGCGGACAACCAGCUGAGGGCCCGAUGGGCAUCAGUGUGGCCAUCUCACCCACCACCUCUACGACCACAGUCUCGAAGGCCAUCAUCACCAAUGCCUCCUUCCGCACCAAGAAGCUUCCAGAUGACAUUCCAAUCCCAGAAGACAAUAUGGACAACCUACCACUGCCAACCGAUGCGGGUCUUCUGGGCAUCAUCAAAGAGGAAGGUGAAGAGGUGGCUGGAGGUGCCAUUGCGGGUGCCAAGGCAAUGAUGCACGGCUUGCCUGGCGUGCGCAAACUUGUGAAAGGCAUCACACGCAAGGAGUCUACGGACAAACCUGCUCCUGGUGCUGCCGCCACUGGUGCAGCAGACUCGAAGAGUCCCAUGUCCGCAGAAUCUCAGCGGACGCAUGAGACCAUGUCGGGCCAUCAGUUCUUGGACCACGCGCCAGCUGGUUUUGAGCACGCGUCAGACACUCGGAAAAGCUCGUCAAAGAGCAAAGAGACGGACAAGCUGGCAAGCACGCGCUCCGCAUCUGCAUCGCGAAGUACUGCGACGAAAGAAACUGGGGACAAAACCAGCAAGUCGGAUCGAAAAGAUUCAUCCCGGAAAGAUACACCCGACAAGAGCAGCAGGAACGAACGGAAGGAACCUUCAGAUGCCAGCGGAAGAAGCAGGGCAGAGCAGAACGGUGGCAGCGCAGAUUCCCAGAGCAAGGUCUCGGCGAAAAGCGAAAAUUUAGAGGCACGAAACGGCAUCGACAAGCACGAGUCGUCGCACGAAACGGUGGGGUCUGCGGAACUUAAACAUUUGGCGACUGCCGAGAACGCGUCGUACCCAAGCAACUCGAAGAGCGAGGACAAGCCGCAUCGAACCACGCAGGUGUGAAGAUGUGUGUGGGAGUGACCACGUCGUCUCCUAACAGGUCUAGCAGUUGUGGUUUUCUUUCUUUGUUGUCAUCAUGUUUUCUGUUUGCUGCAUGUGAAGGCUGGCGACACUUAACAGUAGUGCGGAGCGUGGGCAUGUAUAUGGUGUAUCGUAGAUGUGCUCCAGCAGCACACAGCCUGUACUUACUAAAGCCUUUCCGACUCACUUACCUCUGUUUUUCGCGUAAAAGAAUUUGAACGGAAUUUCAAAGCAAUACCUAAACAUUGUGCCAUGGCUGUGAAGGAGUUUUAUGCUGAUCGCAGACAUGGAAUGGAUAUGCGCUUUAGGCAACGAGCAAGUUCAGUCCAUCAGCGGGAGCGCACGAACCCCGUGCUCCUAAAUCUCGGUGCCAAUGACAGCAGUGUCCCUAGCGGGUGCAAACAUAUUGCAAUACAGGUGUUCCUUGUGAUCUCGGCACAUGCUGUUAUGUGUUGCACUUCCUGUGCACAUUUGUUUCCUGUAUCGUUUGUAACACCUGUUACAAUUUUGUAUGGACAGCUUUCUAUUUUGUUUGUUUCUUUGCCUAGAAACUGCGCACCAUGUUAUAUGUACAUAGCUCUAUAAGUGACCCACAUUUUUGUACCCCAAGCGUGCAGAGGCUUGGAGUCAGCCUUCACAGUGUUUCCAAAUACUCUGCCGAGAGCACGAGCGUCCUCGUUUUACUCACUGAAGCUAAAGGUAAAUCCCGUGUACAUAUAUGUAGUUCAGGUUGAUGCACUUGGCUAGCACAGGAACCCGACGAAACGAGGGAUCCACUGCCUUUCGCCUUACGUGCUGAUUCGUAGAGAAAAAAAUGAGCCGGCAACAUGACAGUUUCCGAGUGCCUACAUUGUUUCCUUGCUCUCUUUGCGGCAUCUAGACGUAGACUUAAGGAACCUGUUCCAAACAAGGUAUCUGUGAUUGAUGUGUCUCGACUGCCCACCUUCUUAGUUUCCUCGCGAUUCCUUUGCAAUGGUGUGUCUUGUGUUUUGCUCUCUUGCUUGUUCAUUCCUAACGAUGUAGCUCAAUUUGUCGUUUGUGCUAGUGUGGGUGUGAUGGCCUCACGUGGCCAUCGCUUGCUGUCAACAACACCGUACUGCCAUUGAUGUAGACAAAACACCAGCGGAUAAAAGUUGCACAGUGUGCUUUUAGCACGAGCUCGUAACAGUUCUCUUGCAUAGGUGCUUGCAAAACACAAGGUCAUGCCCGAGGUUGUUCCAAAUGUGGUUGCAGAUGGGAGUGAGGCGUUGAAUUCUUUAAAACAAACUUCCAUGUAUGAUCUUCAUUGCGGUGCUGAGGCCCCUGCACCUUCUGCAUUUGUUUAGGCAUUAGUGAUUUGCUCAUUGUGGUUGGCAACAGGAUUGGGAGCCAGCCAUGGUGCUUACAAGUACGUUAUGCAUGAGAACUCUAAGAGCCAUUGCCUCGUCAGAUACGUUGCGCACUUGAGAGGAUAUUGAACAGUGAGCAGUGCUGUCGAUUUUAUGUCUGUAAAAUUGAUGUCAUAGCUUGAAACGUUUAUCUAUCCAUUAGUCUAACUAUUGGUAGGUGUUUUCUGCUAGCGCUGUGGCGUCUCUGAUUGCCUGAAGCAGUGAUAGAAGGAAUGGGGGACUCAAACUUGCUUACAUGCCACGUUUGCAUUUAAACAAAAAUUUUUCGACUUUUUAUUGUGCUUAGCGAUGGUGCUGCGGGUUUUUCGAAAUGCAACAGGCAUGCAUUCCAGAUGCACCUGGUGUAGUUCUUUUUAUACGUUUUUUAAGCGUCUUCAUAGUUACGUUUGGCAUUCAGUUUGGUACUAGGUGUGAUGAAAAAUGGCAUUCUUUGUGUGAGUUCUCACUUGCAUCCACUACCUGCUGUUAUAACAGUGCUUUCGUUGCCUUUUUUUUCUUUUAUCUUUAUGCACUGUGGCCUUUACUAUAAACAAUGCCACCCUUGCGUGUUUGCUACAUUUAGAUAUUCAAUUAGGGGAUUAGUAUUACAUGCUACUAUAUGUGAUUCUUUGUUGACCAUUGGGAGGGAAGGGGCCGGGGCUGAAGGGGAAUUGGGCUGAAGUUGUCUCAAGUACACAUCCCUCACACAUUUAUUUGCACACCCGCAACGAAGUGUGCAGUGGUGCGAGGAGCGAUCAUUUAAGAGUUAGUUUUCUUUCGUUGGCACACAGGCUCUUGCUGUUGACAAGAGUGAGUGAUGGGAGCAUCUCAUCAAGCUCGCUCUUGCCCUCUUGCAUGAACAUCUAUAAGUCACAGGCACAUUCUUGUGAAACGUGGUAAAUCGAAGCACGAGAGAUUUUGUGUAAAUCGCCCCGCAUUUCACUGGUGCCGCAUGCUCGUUUCAGUUACUGUACAAAUGUAUGAGAAAAAAAAAAUAUUCAGGGCUGGCACUCUCAUCUCUACAAAGCAGUAAUGACUUUUGUGGCUGUCUAUCUCCUGUUGAAAUAGCCUGCAUGUAUGCAUACGCACCAGCUCCAGCAUCUGCCACUUAACAGAAGUCUGCUUGUUCUGGUUACUGCUGAUCUGUUUUGACUGGUAGACUGUUCUGGCUGCUACAUCCAGGCCAACAUGGGUUGCCUGAAUGGCAUUGAACCAUUUACCAAGUUGUAGGAACACGAUAUGGGUGGCCAAAUACAAUUUGUUUAGUGCCAGAUGCAAACUGAAUAGAAUAUUCUGUCAAACAGUUUGCAAAUAAGCCAGAGCUUUUUCAUCAUUAAUUUUAAAGUUUCACAUCCUGGUAUUCAGAACAUUAUAGCAUUUGUCAUUAUACUGCAAAUUACAAAACAUGUUUUGUUUAAUAAUGCAAAGGGAGCAUCGUGAACUAACCAAAUAGGCAGUUGGUUCACAAAUUUAGGAUUUUCAGAGUUCAUGGUUCUGUAUUAUUCAAAGGCAGCUUUAUUGACCAAAUAGAAUGUGUAUACUUUCUAUACUUUCGCGACCGAGUAAAAAGUGCGGGCUGUCUGUAGUGAUAGCAGUGAAAAAAAAGGUGCUUUCUGGCUCAAAUGCAUGCUGGUGCCACUAUCUUUUAGAACGUGCUACGAUGAUAAUUUUUUAGUAUGCAUAUAAUUUGUUUGUUUGUUCAAAAUGCCUUACAGGCCCAUUGUGAUUGAAUGAGAGUACAUGAGUUCCGCAUCUUCUAUAAAUAGUACCUAACGAUAUGCAUUGUGACAUCUUAUUAUCAAUGAUUACGAGUGAUCUCGUUAACUGAAGAGCUCCGUCUGAGUGCUUUAACAUGCUGAGCGCUUUACAUCUUGAAUGAGAUAAUCAUUACUACAGUAAAAACCCAUUAAUUCGCACUCGGUUAAUUCGAACUGAUGCCCUGGUCCCGGCAUAGCCCUGUGUAUUUAUAUGGGGGAAAACUCCCGAUAAUUCGAACACGUCGGUAUUCACAACGGCUAAUUCGAGCUGGAAGCCCCUGGUUUUCAUUGCUCGUCGCAGAAGUCGGCCCAAAGUGAUCACAAUAUGUUGCAAAACCAAACCAGACCAAAUUUGCUAUAGAUGCAAAACAACGAAACACUAGCAUUUCUCAGCACAUGAGAAUUCGGACGCUGUACUGGAGCUCUUGGGCAAGCUCCAAACGAUGCUCAUGGAGUCGCGACAGAAGAAAUGCAAGCAACUGCAAAUUACUGAUUAGUUUUCAUUUUGAUUGCGUUCACUAUUCCAUGUAAAUAAACAUGUUUUGGAGCAUAAAUCGCGUGAAAUAGUAUUUCGCAUUAGGGCUCACUGCUCACAUGAAUGCAUGUCGGUGCCUCUUGUUACUGGCGUAUCACCGACUGAUCAAAUAAAUUGUUCGCUGUUAGAGCUCCACGAACAUAAUUUAUGAAAUCACUUGCGACAAACGCACCUAGUUUGCGAUAACGAGUCCAGAGGUUGCUUCUUUGGAUUCUGCCUGCGACGUGUGGUGUGAUGUCCAUUCAUUUUGGCGCCCGCCCACUAAUUCGAACUCCGCUUAAUUCGAAGAUUUUUGUGGUCCCUUUCAAGUUCGAAUUAAUGAGCCUUUACUGUAUUUCAUUUUUGCUUGUUUCAUAUUUGAUCAGUUACAGUAAUCGCGGACUGAAAUGCAACAUAGUUUUUUUUUUAGUAUAAUGCUGGCUGUGAGCACUUGGUUGUGAUAACAGUGACGUGCCGCUGCAAGUCUGGCCUCUAAAGAUAAUGUUGGCUCUGAUGUAGCUGUUCAAGUAAAAGUGAAGCUGAUAUGACACAAAUUGUAAAUGCUGGAAACGUAAGUAUGUGAAUUACUUGGCCCUAAAUUUUCAAUUUUCAAUCUGCGAGUACUGUACAACUGAUGAAGCAAUGUAUUUGGAAACUACUCAAAUGGUAUUCAACAUUUUUAUAGGAACAAUGAGAUUUGAGGACUGGAACGAAUAGCCCAGCAUUCACCUCAUAAUUCAGAAAUUUUCAAUGUAAUAUGCAAUAUAGAAUAACUAUGAAAGCCAGUAUAAGAAAAGCGAGAACAAAUACAUAAAGCUCCCUUCUCUUCUACCAAGUAAAGCUAAUAUUUGGGCAAGUUCUGAAACUUUUAAUUGGUGAUGUGGCUAUAGUUUCUAAUUCUACACUUUUACCGAAGACUACUUUCGCUGGGCAUUCUGAGAUCUGCACACCAACCGGGUCUGGUGCAUAUGCAUGCGUGUGGGCUAUAAACUAAUAGCCUGAGAAAUGGUUAUGCCAGUCCUGGAACUUUCAUAUGUCUCCUUUCACUGGCUGCCUCCUUAAGCAGGCUAAGUGGGAUGAGGGCUGUUGCUACGGUCUUGGGUGCCCUGCAAUUUCCAAAAUGCUUGUGCAUGGGUUCGUUGCCGUAUCAUGUCAUGGAUGUGUCGCUGGAGAAACAUGGUGCACGCAUGCUUCAGCCGUCAGCCACCAUACGUGUCACUCCAAUAGGAGAAUCUAUCGUGCUCACUGUUUCCUUUCCUUCGGCAGGUUAGCCCUGUAAUGGGGAUCUCUUAAUGGCGUAGUUUCAUUCAGUGACUGCUGGAGGUCAAACUGGUGUUAAGUGGAAUGCAAAAGCAGUAUAUCAGCUUCCAUAGAGGGACAAUGUGCUUGAUGCUUUUCAGAUUAUUCUUUUGAAAGUGUAUGGCGCAGUCCUGUGCACUUAUUCUUCGCUUGUGUCCGUGUCUCUUUGCGCUACCUGCCUUAACAUGAGUUCCCACAAACUAGCCCAGUUAUCCGUUCUCGUAAGAAUUUUCAGUGCUUUAAGUAGGUCUGUUUGGUUUGCUCGCAUCAGUAGAUUGAUGUAAUUCUUGAAGUGGCAUCAAUCGGAAACCUAUCAAAAUGCAUUAUUCUUUGGGAAGCUCUGUAAGCAGCCUAGUGGUAGCACUUUAGCCUUAAAAAAUAUUUGCCGACUAACAAGCUUGUUAUGGCAGCUUCGAAAAAGGUGUCAUAAAUUAGACACUUGAAGCCGAAGCUGUUACUCCAAAGAGAUGGAAAUUCUGCUACCCAUCAUUCUUUGGGCAGGGUAUACUACUGGAUAUACUGAACCCCAUAUUUCCUCUAGCAAUUCCUGUAUGAAACUCCUGUGGUUACUGGUCAUUGUUCUGCAUAUGUUCUCAGCUGGCCCGUAGCCAGGGGGGGGGGGGGGGCGCCCCCCGAAAUUUUUAUGAUACAUGAUGUUUUACCGAAAAUAAACAAUGAAAAUAGGCGUUUUUCUCAAAUAGUCAAGGCUUUCAGCAAGUGCCCCCUCCCCCCC